GACAUCCAAGCACCUUUUGGCAUAUCUUCAGUGCUGUUAAGGUGGCCCUUUCCCAACAUCUUUUGCAGGGACCUGCCAGGAGUCACCUGCACAGAAGAGACCACGAUUCCCUUACUGCUCAUAGACACUGCUGGCUGCGGCCUGUUGGAGCUGGAAGUGGAAGAUGAACAGUCUAAGGGGAAUCCAGGAGAAGUGCAGCUGGCUGGUUUGCACAUCCAGGCUUUGGUAGAUGCUGGUGUGAAGGCGCGAGACAUCGCUGUUGUAGCCCCCUACAACCUCCAGGUGGAUAUGUUAAGAGAGCACCUUUGCCACAGGUAUCCUGAGCUAGAGAUUAAAUCAGUUGAUGGUUUCCAAGGCAGAGAGAAAGAGGCAGUGAUCUUGUCAUUCGUGAGAUCCAACAGGAAAGGCGAGGUGGGUUUUCUUGCUGAGGACCGACGGAUCAACGUUGCGGUGACGCGUGCCCGGCGCCACGUGGCCAUCAUCUGCGACAGCCACACGGUGGGCAGCCAGGCCUUCCUGGGACGGCUGCUGGAGCACUUUAGGCAGCACGGCCAGGUGCGCACGGCUUUUGAGUACCUCGAUGACCUCGUCCCUGAAAACUACUCCCACGGAGGGGAGCGGCAGCAGAGCACCAAGGCCCCUGCAGCACCCAGCCCCAAAACGCAGCCAGCUGCAGGGAGGAAACCCAAAGCAGCAGCAGCAGCUAAAGCAGCUCCUCAAAAGCAAGCAGCACGUUGCUCUCCUAGUGCAAGUGGACCUGGGGUGGACAGCCCAGGCACAAAAGGUGACACAAACAAAUUUAAAGCUGUGCUGGAAGCCUUCCUGGAGAGUGGUGAGACACAGUUGGACUUCCCCUCAUCUCUCAGUCCACACGACCGGUUGCUAGUCCAUCUCCUGGCCGAGGAGCACGGGCUGCAGCACGUCAGCACUGGGGAGGGCAGAGACCGCUACAUCAGUGUUCGCAAGAAGGAGCUUGGUCAGGCUGCGGCUGCCCCAGCUGUAACCCCCAGGGAGCAGCAGCCCCCUCCUCAGCUACAGGACUCUAGUGCAGAAGCUCCAGCCCCUGCUGAGCCAGGAGGAAGAAGUAAGUGCUCAGGGAAUGUGGACCUGAAAAGGCUGCACCUGGAGAGAGUUCAGAGAGAGAAGGCCAGGCGGGAGGAGAUGGCGAAGAAAGAGCAGGAGUCCAGCGCUGGCACUCGGGGCAGCAGCAGCAAGAAGAAAGACAAAAGUGAAUGCAAAGGAAAAGCAGCAGCUAAAACCAGAGCAGACAGUGCAUCAGAGGAAGAUAUAGACGCUCUGAUUUCUGCUGCCAUUAAAGCUGACAACACCUGUGGCUUCCCCCGCUGCAAAGCCAGCGUCACAACCCUGGGCCAGUUCUGCCCACACUGCAACAGGCGGUACUGCCUCAGCCAUCACAUCCCAGAGGUUCACGGCUGCGGGGACAAGGCCAAGGCACACGCUCGGCAGUGGAUCAGCAGGGAAGGGGUUCUGUACCCUGGGAGCAGCCCCAAGGACAAAUCCCUGGACCCUGCCAAGAGAGCCCAUCUCCAGCGCCGCCUGGACAAGAAGCUCAGCGAUCUGACCAACCAGCGCAAGAGCAAGAAGAAAGGCAAGGAGAAGUGAAGGAGCUGAUUUUUUCUCUCUGGGCACUUGAAGCCAACAGGUCGGACUGCAUAAAGCAGAGAUGCUGCUAAAGGGUGGAGGAAAAUGGGAGCUCUUGUUUUGGGUGGUAGACAGCAUGGAGUCAGCGCCGUAGCUGCUGAACAAAUAGGCACUGGGACCUCACUGAACCUCAGAUGGGGAAGAGCACUUUCAUUUGUCCCAGUUAUCCUGAUUGACAAAGUAAAGGAUGCACGCAGAGAGGCUGCAGCAUGCCAAUAAAGACAGAUAUUAAAACACUGAAA